AUGAAAAAAUUUAUUUUUGCAUCCAUUAUAUUGGCCAUGAUUUCAAUGAUCAAUUCCAUUCUAAUACCUCCUCACCCAACAGCUAAAUUUUUCCAGUGUGUUUUUUUAUUCCCUGUUCCAGUACUACCCAACAUAACACUUUCACCUGAUCCUCUCGUUGCUGGAAAACUCAAUAUUUUUACUAUUUCUGGAAAACUAGACAAAGAUGUCAUAAUUGGCGAUUCAUUUGUUGUUGAAUUUGUUAAUCGAGAAGGUCUUUCUCCAUUAUUUGAACCUUUUACUAUGGAUAUUUGUUCUAGGACUGGAAUAAAGUGUCCAAUUAAAGCUGGUACUGCAUUGAAUAUUUCAGAGGAAGUUUUAGUACCAGCCGAUUUACCUGGUCCUGAUGUAUUCGCUAUUUUAGUUAGUAUCGGUGAUAUUUAUGAUAAAUCUUCAGUUGGUAUCAAUGAAGUUGAUCCUAACUAUCAUCCUAUAGCUUGCGGAAUUGCAGUUUAUGAUAAUUAA